AUGUCCAGCUCCGGCUCCAACGACUCCGGCUCCACCAUCGAAAUUGGCCGUGGCAACGGCGGCGGUGCAUCCUCAUCCUCAGGUUCCUCCGGCGGUUCCUCCUCAGGCGGUGGCUCUUCCUCCUCCGGUGGCUCCUCUUCGUCUACCUCCGGCUCGGGUUCGGGCUCCGGCUCCACCCAUGUCUAUGAGACCAUUGAGACGACUACCGAGGUAAUUGAGACAUACACCGAAACAGAAUGGGGCAGUAAUAGUUCUUCGAGCCGCAGGAUUUUGCAGCAGGAACAUGACACCCCAAUACCUUAA